AUGACUGUUGAUGGGGAGCAUGUGGUGAGUGGCAGCUAUGACCACCUUGUAAAGGUAUGGGCCCUUGCAUCUGGUGAGUGUCUGCGCACGCUGGCAGGACACCAAGGACCUGUCCUAACUGUGGCUUUCGAUAAGGAUAAGAUUAUAUCUGGCGCUGCUGAUAAAACUAUUAAAAUUUGGCAGCUGGACACAGGUCAGUGUCAGAAGACUCUGGUAGGCCAUGAGGAUGCUGUGACAACCCUGACCUAUGAUGCUACCACCAUCAUUUCUGGCUCUCUUGACUGUACCAUCCGCCUCUGGUGCAUCUCUUCAGGCCAAUGCAAUGGCGUUCUAGACUGGAUGUCAAGUGAAGGUCAUACAGGUGUGAUACGGUGCCUAGCCGCGGAUCCUUGGAGGAUUGUGAGUGCCUCUGAUGACAAAACAAUUAAGGUUUGGGACCGUGAAACUCUACGCCGACUGGUGACACUUCGUAAUCACACUGAUGGUGUCACCUGCCUCGCUUUCAACGACCAUGUGAUUGUUAGUGGAUCUUAUGACAAGACUGUCAAGCUGUGGGACUUCAGUGUCUGCUGAAUUUUCUUGUUUUCCUCGUUUAUAAUUUCUAAACUUUACAAAGCAUUGUUAUUUGAAAUCGUAUUUUUUAUCUGGUCUUGAAGACGGAAAGAAAGAGGUAGAAGUAGAGACGUGAAAAUAUGCCCGGCUUUGCAUUUAGAUUUAGUUUUUACAUUUUUAGACACAAACUGCACAACUGAAAAAUAUACUUUUGUUAGGUAUUGCUAUGUGGUUUUAGGUAUUCUUUAUUUCACAAAGUUAAUGUUGUAAGAUAAGAUACAGUAAUGAGGUGAAAUUAAUAUGUGUAAAGCAAAAGUAAGAAGAGGUUUUUCAAAAGAACUUUCAAAGAAAUUCUGCAAAGUGGCUCAAGUUCAGUUAAGGAAAGAGCUGUUUGUUGUUUCAUUUCUUCUUUUAUUUUAUUUUAUUUUUUUUUUCCUUCUAUUUCUUUCUUUUGAUAAAAAAUUGGAUUUCAGUUUCUUUUCUUCUGCCACAACUGCUAAUAGAGAAAAACUCAAUGUGAUUAUAUGUAUAGGGUAGUGGAAGAAUGAACAGCUAAUAGUCAAUAUGCUAUAGUUUGGCUAUAAGGUUAAUCAUUUUAUGGGUCUGUGGUUGACUAUUUUUUACAUGUAGAUAUUGCAUACCAUACAGAGCUUGUUUUUAUGGUUGACUCUAGAUCCUGUCAAGUCCAACUAAUUUCAAUUUAAAGAGCAUUCUUCUGUCUACUGAAGAGAUGUAUGUGCGGGUGAGUAUCUAAGGCUUUUUAUGUGUAGCUUUCUCUUAGCUUUUUCCUUUUCAGUUGGAAACAUAAAGUAAUUGUGGUGAUCUUUGUAUACUAGAAAUGCAGAAGACAUAAAUGUGUAUUGGAAUGCCCAUAAUGAAUGCAAGUUGAACUGCUGCUAAAUUGGCAUAUGGUACACUUGUAGAUCUGCUGCAGUUGGUAUUAAAAAUAUGAAAUGUGGAAAGGAUAUUGUAAGCAUGAAAAGAACUGUCUGUCCAUGCCAAUGGUUCUCUCUUUAUUACACAAUAGGGCAUACUGAAAGAUUUUUAUCACAAUAGGAGAAGACCUGUCAGUCAGAUGGAGAUCUGACCAUAGGGUUCCUUUGUUCUAAAGUAAACCCUUUAUCUCUUUGUAACUCCUUUCUUUGUAGUUCAGCCUGAGUGAAAGUACUUUUACAAAGUUAGAACAGAAAGAGCAUUACUGAUAUUAUGGGCUGCUAGUAUUUCUCCAUUGGUGAUAAGUGAUAUCCUAUCAUGUCAUGACAACUAUUACUGAAAGCUGGGUAACACUUUACAAUGUCAUUUAUCCAUGUGCUGAUCACUGGUAUAAGAUUUCACGUACACUUGUCCUUACCAGACUUUGCCGAAAAUGUUAUCCAUUGUAAUUGUGUUAAGCUCUGCUCUGGCAUACUCAAGACUUACUAAUACAAUACCCCUAACUCUACGGUUAUCACUUUUAGAUAGGUUGGAUCCCUUGGAUAACCAUUGUUUUUUGCUAUAAAGAAAAGUUAAAAAAGAGCCUCAUUAGUGAGUUUAAAGUCUUCCUGUGUAACUCUCAAACACGUAGAUCUAGGUAUAGAUUUAGGAACAAACCUGUGCUGUGAAAGUAUGUGUUUUUGCAUGUUGAAGCUAUCUUAUUUCCUGUAGCUCUAGAUUGUAAGUAUGAUUGUUGUAGAAGUAGAUUAUGAGUUAAUCUAAAGUAGUGGGAUCUUCACAGUCUUGACAUGAAAUUGGUUCACAUUGAUCAAUAGAGUUUGUAGUUGAAGUAGAAAACUUGAUUUCUUUUACAAUUUUUUUGCCAAAGUAUCUCAUCCAAGGAACAACAGACUGUAGUUGUGGUGACCUCUCUCUAGGCCAUGCAUAGUUUUCACAUAUAUAUCUGUGUGUAUACAGCUUAGCUCAUGCAAUUUCAGGCUGCCUUGCUAUGCAUUCCAUUCUUCUCCAGUGAUAAGAUAACCUUUACUAGGAAUUAGUGCAUGGAAUUUUCCUUAUUAGAGCAAAGAUGAUACAGCAGUAGUGAGCCAAUGCCUUUACUUGUUUGUAAUGGUGGAUGUUGGUAACCACUUUCUUAGCCUUAUGCUUUUGUACUGACAGCUAUGGAAAGGAUGUGGGAAUGUGAUACAACUGACCUUUAUCAAAACACGCGCCUUUUUUAAUGCUGAUUUAGGUCUUCAUCUGCGUGGAAUAUACUCAGAUUGAAAUUUGAAACAGAAGAAAUAAUAUUUUUGUAUCAGCACUGCAAUUCAGUGCAAAGUGCAAGUUACCUGCAAUAUACCAUUUGCUUAGAUUUUAGUCAUGUAAUGAAUUUUGCAUGUUCCUUAAACAUUAGUAUUAUUUUCUGUUAUUACACAGUAUUUUGUUGGGUCUGUCACUCUUUAUUCAUUGUUAUAAUUACACCUUGCUUAUAGAUUGUUGUUUGAUAUUUGUUUAGCAGUCUAUUUCAUUACUUUUUUUUUGUUCCUUUAUGACAGUUUGUUAAUUUGUUCAUUUAUUCAAUUUGCUUCUUGAAGUUUCUUUAUUAAUUUGUUUACUCUUUUUAUGUAUUUAUGUAUUUAUUUAUUUGUUUAUUUGAAUAUCCAUUCAUGUAUGUUUAUAUAUGUAGUUAUAUAUAUAUUUGUUUAUUUUUGUGACAUAUCUGUCCAGUAAAUGAGGAAGACAUGCUGCGAGGAUUUUCUUAUUGUUUGCUGUUUGUGCGUUCAUGGUGAUCUCACCAACACCAGUUUUGAAGGGAAGCAUUUCUUCUGCACUUUUUUUUUG